AUGUCACUGAGCAUGCAGGGUUCUGGAAGAAAGUGUUGGGAAAACUCUCAGCAUAUGGACAUGCGCGAUCCUUAUUCUCGAGAACAACUCGCUCAAAGACCCGUCGGACGAGACGCUGAACCAAUUUCGGAUAGGCGCGACCGCUCUCAUGAAGAGGGGAUUACCAACCCAGAGGUUCAGUCGAUGUUAAACGACGCCGAGUUUGGUCGCGUGGAUCCCACGGGCUGGUUCCCACACUACAAGAAUUGUGUUCAGCACUUCGUCGACUAUAGCCAACAUACACCCCAAGUGCAGUCUAUUGCCGCGUUCAUCAAUAUUCGACUACCCUGUCAGCGACCUUCCGAGUCUAGCGCACCCAUGUCUACACCAUCAUCCUUUGUUUCGCUACGGCCGUAUAUUAGACGGUUGAUUGUCACGGCACAGGACUCACCAACUGUUAUGCAAGGCUUCUUCGGUGGUGAUUGGGAGGCUGGCGUGGGCUGUAUCUACAAACAAGAACGGGUGAACUAUAUGUUCGCGGCUAAAAGCAGUGGGUGGGCAUCUACCAAAGCUGCCUACGAUAUUUCCCCAGGUGAAGAGACUCCCUUCUUAAGGCCCCUGCGUGACCCCUUGGAGGAUGAGAUUCGAGUAGCCGAAGCACGGUGGAGCGAAUGGCUGGCAAUGGAGGAUUGGAUGGUCGGAGCGCGCAGUCCCUGGUAG